AUCUUGUGUCUCUCGUGCAUCUCUGUACCGUCAACGCAUAGCUUGUCCAGCACACUCUUCAGCACUGACGCAGCUUGACACAUCCAAACUUGUGCCGUCGGCGCUGCUCCCACCCAGCCACUGCGACCCGCUCGAAUUUGAAAAGCCUACUUUCCGGAAGCCCGUGCCCGCAAGCUCGCCACCGCACUCAAACGCGAGGCCAUUUGCAGGUCACUGCCAGUCGCUGCAGCAUCGAGUGAGUGAGCGGUGCGAUAGCGAGCAGCGUUGCCGCGCUCGGGUCCCAUCCACCCGACCCCGGUUGUGCGCGUCACAGCUGCGCUCGCGGACCGCCAUUGCCACGCCAAUCACUGCGCCCUACAACUGCGCGCUCACACAAUGCAGGAAUGUUACCAGGGAGCGCGGCCGGCGGCCGCGGCCGGGGCGCCGGUCCUCCCGCCAAGCCGUCUUCCGCGGCUCGCCGCAGCUCGCAAUCAAGCAGCUCCGCAGCGCCUGCUGCUGAAGCUCUCGAGGCUGGCAAUGCCAAUGGCGGUGCCAGUGCUAGCAGCGGGUGCGCGCUGUCCACCGCCGAGUUAAAAGUAUUGCUGUCGGCCGCUCAGCGCCUCUUCCAGCCCUGCCCCCGCUGCUUCAAUGCUGCCGGCGGCACGCGCAACGCGCACACCUGCUUCCUGGACCUCAACCAAAUUACGGUCAGUGCUGGUUAGGCAACCAGUGAAUGCAAACGUUCAUUCGGAAAGAGGGCUGCGCAGAAGAGGCCACAAGGGUGCGUGUUAAGGAUACCGUAGUAAGCGCGCAGCUGCGUGGGCAGGCUAGUGGCCUGUGCCCGAAAGUGCAACACCCCUACGUAGGGCAUGACAUGCAACCGACGCUAACGCUGACCUGGCGACACCGUAUUUGCUGCAGGCGGCCUGCAGCGGCGGCGGCAAUGGUAGUCGCCCCUUGGAUGAAGACGAUGAUGAGGCAGUGAAGGAGGCGGCGGAUGCGGCGGCGGCGGCGGCCUGCUGCCACAACUGCGCGCGUGACGGCGCGGCGGACGGCGGGCGUCAGGUCCAGAUCCGGCGUAACACCUAUUGUGACGGUGCGGAAGGGGCUGGGGGCUAGCGUGUGGGCGGGUCAGUGGGUGGGUCAGCGGGCGAGGCGGCCGUCAGGUUCUGGUAGCUUGGCAGCCAGGACAGUAGAAGAGCUAGCUGGCAGGCAAGGUGUUGCAGCGGCAGGAUAAGCCCAGGGGCCGUGCCGUGCAUUACAAUCGCAAGGGCCGCCAUGUUUGCCCCUCACGCACACCACUUCCAAGCCACACGUUGUCGCCACGCCGCAGUGCUGCGUGCCGCCGACGCGGCUGCGCUGUACGACAUUGGCGGCGUGCAGCAGUUCUCCAUCAACGGCCACAAGGUGGUGUUCCUGCACGCACGGCCGCAGAAGAGCAAGUAAGUUAAGCCCCCGGUUCGUGCGGUGGCCGCUGCGAUGCGAGGCUGCAUGGGUGAAGCGGCCCUGCUAUCCCCGACCUGCCCCACUACUGUUGGGAAAGCACUAGGGGAGCGGUCAACACCAUGUGUGCACCAGCUCAUUCCGCUCUGCACCCCGCCUCACGCCACUUGCGGCCGCCGCCCCACAGGCCCGGCGCCGUGUCUGAGUGCGGCCACUGCCACCGCUCGCUGAUGGACGCCGGGUCGCGCCACUGCUCGCUCGAGUGCAAACUCAACUGGCA